AUGCAGCCACUAAAUCAGUAUGUCAAAGACGCUCACCUUGGAACGCAUCCCCUUCGCUGUGUCCAGACAGUCUCGCUGGUCCAGCUUGGUGGCGGAGGUAGCAGCGCAAAUGCAAAGUUCGCGAAUUUCAAGAAAUUUAACCGUGGGAACGUUGCGUCGCGUGGCUGCUGCAUUGGGUGCAUCUCCCUGAGCCUUGCUCGCCUUUGGCUCGCUUCCGUCUUCGACUUGUGCUACGAAAUGCCAGUCGAAGUAGAGCUUUACGAGCUUCUCGGAGUCUCGGUGGACGCAAGUGAAGAUGAAAUCAAGAAGGCGUAUCGGAAAAAGGCAAAAGAACAUCAUCCAGUGAAGAACCCCAAUGAUCCCGAAGCAAGCCAGAAGUUCCAAGAAAUGGCCGCUGCGUAUGAGAUCUUAAGUGAUCCCAAUAAGCGCGAAGUGUACGACUCCUAUGGGAUGGAUGGUGUGGCAGGGCGGGGAGGCAAAGGAGGUGGACCACCAGGGAUGGACCCUGCAGACAUCUUCGCAGAAUUCUUCGGGGGAGGGGGUCCCGGCAUGUUCUCAUUCGACUUUGGCGGUGGUCCUAGGUCAGGACGGCGGAGAGGCUCCCAGGACUCGAUUAUCGAGUACGAUGUCACAUUGGAGGAUUUAUAUAACGGCAAGUCUGUGAAGAUGAACAUGGAGAGAGAGGUUGUCUGUGAGUCGUGUAAAGGGUCCGGUGCACGUGGAAGUGCAAAGCCUAGGAAAUGUGUCAAGUGUGAGGGCAAGGGCUGGACUUAUGUACACAGUCAGAUUGGCCCUUCACAGUUAGCGACGUCAAGGGCUGUGUGUUCCGAGUGCGACGGGGAAGGAGAGAAACUGCGAGAGAAAGACAGGUGCAAAAAAUGUAAAGGGGAGAAGACGGUCAAGGAGAAGACGCGACAAGAAAUCCACAUUGAAAAGGGCAUGUCCGACCGCCAGAGGAUCGUCCUUGCGGGCGCUGGUGACCAAACGCCCGGGAGUCCCCCUGGAGACGUCGUGUUUGUUCUCAAAUUAAAACAGCACGAGUCUUUUGAACGCUCUGGCAACGACCUCCUGGCGACAGUCAAGAUCACCCUGUCAGAAGCUCUUCUUGGUUUCUCGCGGGUGCUGAUCACCCAUCUUGAUGGGCGCGGUGUCCGAGUGUCGAGCCCACCUGGUAAGGUAGUCAAGUUUGGCGAUACAAUUGUGCUGCGAGGGGAGGGAAUGCCAACAUACAAGCGCCCCGAUGAGAAGGGUGAUUUGUACGUUGUCAUGCAAGUAGAAAUGCCAGACGAAGAAUGGCUGCGGUCGACUGAUCGGGCGGCCCUGGAAAAACUGCUUCCACCCAAGAAGGCGGAGGUAGACCCGCUGCCGGCCGUAGUGCACGAGGCGGACUACGAGGAAUGUGACAUUGCCGAUUUUGGCGAGGACGAAGAUGGAUGGGAAGACGAGGACGAGGACGAAGAUGAUUUCCACCCUGGCAUGGGCGGCGAACCAGAUUGCAGGCAACAAUGAGAGUCUGGUCCCCUCCACCCUUGGUUUGCUUCGUGUAUGUACCCCAUCUGCAUCGAUACCCACCAGAAUCUGCACAGAUAUCCUCGAAAUAUAUAAUACAUUUGCAU